UAUGGUACCUUCGUAAGUGCUACCGUGUUGGACUACCCGUAUCUUCCACACACAGUCUUGCGUAGUUGUGUCACUGCGCUAGGGGAGAAUGCGAGCUCGAUCAAAUCGAGCGAGCGCGCAGCCUGUUGAUGUAAGAAUUGAAUCUUAAAUUUGGAUUGGCAAAAUAAUCGACAAGGGGAAUCAUGCAUGCUGCGCGAGCUUUGACACGAUCGCCCGCGAAAAUCAAAGUUUCGGAUUGCGUUUUUUAAUCGGUCUCAUGCGGAUGUAGAAAUUUAGAGCACUUGAAUAUUAGCACGAGCAGCAUUUGAGAAGGAGCAGAUAAAGAAGAAAGAUGCAGAUUCGCGUGAGGCAGUAUGAGCAAGAGGCAGCUUCUUUAGCUCUCCGUGGAAAGCCUACCACGCAAAAUCCAUUGAAGAGUUCAGUGACCAAUGUCGAGAAGGUUUCUCCUCUCAGUGGCAGAAUCAAUGCAGAUAAAGGGUUUGCUGGCGUCCAUCAGCUCACAAAGAGCAGGACCUUUGGCUCUUUUGAGGAUGAAGAAAAAAAUGAAAAAGCUUCUGAGGAUCCCCUAGAAGUGACGUUCGAGGAUCCUCUUGGAGUAUUGUCUUCGCAAGAUUCCUUGCCGACGGAGGACACCGUGAAAUACAUUCCAAGGUUAUCACGACGGAUCACCAAGGGUGCCUCAGACGAGCGCGCAGAAGCUGCCGCGGCCGAAUGGGAUGCUUACAAGUUAUCUAUUAUGCAGAGAUUCACAUCCACAGGCACAAUAACGGUGUCAGCAACCUUCGAUAUAUUGUCGAAAGAGCCUAAAGUUCGUGGGAGGUCUGUUAGUGCCGCUCAUCUAGAAGAGCUAGAAAAUCCAGAGAAAGAAGCUCGAGAGGAAACCAAAAUAAUAUCCCAACAAGAGUAUGUGACGCGUCUCAAAGAAUUAAACGAGGAGAUCUCACAAGCAUGGAUCAAUAGUGAACGUGUUGCAGCCCUUCGUCUUUCUAUCAAGGUGGCCAGGCUGUUGUCAGAUACAUCAGUACCUCAGUUUUAUCCGACACUUUUUGUGUUGGUAACUGAUGUGAUGGACACUGUUGGAAAUCUAGUAUGGAACCGUAUCAAGAAAAAAGCAGAGUGUGAUGAAGAUGGGAAAUUGAUAUCUCCUCUUCCAGUCAAUUUCACUGCGGAAGAUGUUAGGCAGGAAGCGAAAGAUACAUGCUUCAACUGGUUUUACAAGAUCGGAUCAAUUAGAGAGUUACUUCCUCGCAUCUACUUGGAACUAGCAAUCGUGCGUUGUAUGUUGUUUCUGGAAAAAGACCCUCCGAUAUCAACGUUCCAGCGGGUGACACAGAUGAUGAGGGGCCUUUCCGAUCCAUUAGCAUCUGCCUACGCUCAUCUCUAUUUGGCGCGCAGAUCUCGAGCUACUAUGCCUUUAGAAUCAAGUUCGUCUGGGGCGCUGCAUAAUUUUGCCGCCCUUAUCAAUUCUUUGGAGCUGCCACUACCUUCUUCGAUGCCCCAGAACCCGCGAGUUUACCUAAUAAGUGGACUCAAGGAUUACUUGAUUCUGUUUCAAAGACUGCUGGCCGGAGACUUUGACUCAAGGCUUACCAAAGCGGGAGCAGACCGCAGACUCUCAAUCAUUUUGAUUGAACCAGUUUUCGAAUGGAUCAUGCAAUGUUUAUUUAAGCAAGCAAAUGAGAAGGAGAUGGCGUAUUUCCUGGAGGUUUUUGGAGAAGUUCAGGAAGAUGAUAUAAGUGUUGAUGCACCAUCUCCAGGAUUUAUAGCUCCUGUCUCUGUGGUCGUACAUCAUCUGCUGAAGAAUUUACCUGCAACAUAUGUGGGUAAUCAUGCUUUGGACAUUUCAAAGAUUGUCAAGUCUUCAAUUGAUUUAUCCAUGCCUCAGUACAUGAACUACCGCUUGCUGGGUUUAAAGCUUUGCGAGUGUAGUCCGCCUCGUGAGUUUCGAUUGACCGUCUUGAAUGACGUUUGGAGGGUAGUAAUGAAGUAUACGAAUCUGGGCGAAUAUAUAUCAGUCGCGGAUGUGUUUGUUGAGUAUAUAUUACAGAAUUGUACGGAAGCAGAAAUUUUAAUAAUUUUACGGGACAUUAUGAGGCAUGUGAAGAAAGGCGAAGUCAACGAUGGAGUUCUUGCGUCGUUGGAGUCAAUAGUCUUCAAGCUCGUUACACAUUAUACCGACCUUAGUCACGUGUUACAACUUGACCACUUCGUUGAUAUUCUGGAUGUUUUUUAUGGAGAUACGCGAAUUUCAGUUUACAAAAGGAUAUUGUCAUCUAUUUCAAGGAGCAAUAAGCAAGUUCGUGAUCCGGUUACAAGGCAUGCAGUAUUUGAAGCUGCAAGAGUACUGCACGAUUCACUAGAUAGCUUGAGCAGUGAUGAUGAUCGACGCCAAAUUACCCGGCUAAUCGUGCGCUAUGUGCAGCUGGUCGACUUUGAUCGCGAUUUGGAGCAGCACCUUGCUUUCUUGGUAGAUUGCCGAGGAACUUUUGCAGACAUGGACCCUUUACGAGUGACAGUUAUUCAUGCCAGCAACCGACUUGCCAUGACGACUUUAAAGAUGGUCAAGGGUUCUCACAACAAGCGAACGAGAGAUUUUGUCAAGGCUUGCGUCACAUUCAAUGAGAUAACUAUCCCUUCAAUCAACAGUUUAGUUACACGAAUCAAUCUCUUUUUAGAAACUGCAGAGGUGGCUUUGAUGAAUGCGCUGCCAUCGCACGCAGAGAGCGCGGUGAAAAGUACUCUUUCUAGCCUCCAGGACGUCACCAGCAAAGAUGAUGUCAAGGCCGGAGACUUGGAAGGAAUUUCUAUGUUCCUAGUAAAACUUUCCGCAUUUCUUGUUGUAAUGCCAGGGCAUCCGGAACAUGGAGGAUUUUACAUUGUGAAAGGCCUCUUGAAUGUUUUAGAAAUGCAGCCGUGGUUGACGCCAGGCCGGAGGAGAAUACAAGUCUUGAGCGGUGUGCUGGCCAUGCUAGCUGCGCUGGCUCAGGAACGGCUACCUUAUCAUAUACAAAACAGCCAGGUCGAUAGCAAUGACGGCAUGUUUUUCGGAGAUGACUCGUAUCACGAAGAGCUCGAAUCUCUUACUGAAAUUCUCGUGGAGAAUAUUACUGCGGCUGCCAACGACGGUGCUGACUCUGCUCAGCAAGGUCUCCAAGCACUCGAUGCUUGUACUGCUCUUCUACAGGUCUUCGAUGUGCAUUUCUUCAUGUCGUAUGUGAAAUGUGGUUGCAGGCGAACAGAGUGGGAGAGAUGUGCAUGACCUUACUUAAGAAGGCAACAACAUCGAUUACAAGAAAUGAUCCAUAUCUGCUCUCGACACGACAACUUUGUCAGCAAAGAGGUGUACAGUUAACAAAUGUGUGAAAAAGCGCCAUGGGUGACUAACAACUAACUUGCAAUUUAGUUGAAAGGAAACCCGGCGACAGGCUAAGCAGCGACAAAACUUCUUCAUUGAGUUAAGAAGUAAAUUUGGAUCUCUUAACAUGCACAUCAGGGCGUGCCCACACGGCAAGAACACUUGCCGUGUGGGUAUGCACGGCAAGUGCUCUUGAUUUUUCAAGAGCGACACGUGAAAGUGACGGGCGAGUCCAUCCAGUCAAAACUUCUAUCAAAAGCUCAAUUAUCUGUCGGAGUCUGAUGAGAGAUGAUAGCGAAGGGAGCUGGUUUUUUGGGGUGGCCGGGAAUCAAUCAGAUUGAAGGAAUAUGAGUCGCAUAGAAUCCUUAAGGUAUGGAUUGUCUUGGCGGUAUAACAGAUGUAAUAUUCACCUUGAAACAUAAGAUUGUUCGAGAGGAGCAAAAGCCUUCUGAGACAUUCUUUUAACCUCACAAUUUCUCAAAGAGACCAGGUUGCAGCCACGCAAUGAUUUUUUAGGGAAGGAUUGGCCAUGAGAGUUUGAAAGCGCUAAUCAUUACCUUGCACAUAUUUGUAUGGGAGAUAUGCUUCAUAAGGAAUCCCGAGAGAUAUACGUAGUGGUAGCCUCGAAUAUAAGCCCUAAAAUUAUUCUGCUGAUUAUGAGAUUUUCUGAGCACAUGCACUAAGUAGGAAGGUUGCGUUCAUGAUAAAGAACGACCAUAUAGAUAGAUAGUCUUAUUAGUUGGACACUAGUUAGGAAGUUACUAUGGGUCUGUGUAGAGCCGUGGAAGGAUUGACUGUCCUAUGGGUUUUACAGUAAAGCAGGUGUGCGGAGAUAAGAUGUUACGAGUACUACGAUUGUUCCCAAGAAAGAAAUUUUUAUUACUCAAAGCCGUGAUAAAAAUUUUGCUUUUGAGUAAAAUUCGCUUGAGCAUGACAUUUCCC